AUGGAAGACAGCAAUGUAGAGCAGCUGAAUGAGAACUCGGCAGCAGUGCACAUUUCUGUUUUUUGUCUUAAAUGCCAACUUUUGGUCCUCAGUCUCAGCCUGAAUGGACAGGAGCACUUCCGAAUGCCAUCAGCGUUAUUGAGAACAAGCACCAACUCUUCCUUUAAAUUUUUUGUUUUAGAAGAGAAAUGCCUAUUCUACGUUGUGCCACUGUCGUAUAUCGAAUCGAUCGUAAAAAGACGCCCACUCGCAGAUGAUGGGAAAAAUGAAAAAACAACGAAGAUAUUUGCAAGGUCUUCCAUGGCGGAGGAUUUUAUGACCCGUCGAAAUGCUAGAAGCGGGAUCAGAAUGUUUUUGGAGAACAUAACCGUCAUAAUGCGUACUUUGAAAAACCCAGGUAAAAGCAUUCCUACCCCGCUUUUCCAGGUUCUAUCGUAUGCCGAUCAAUGGUUGAGACCACGUGUAAAGUCGGGUCUAUCGCUUAAUGCAAAAGAAGACUUCAAUCGUGGAUACCGCCACCGGAAAAUCGAAAAAGCGCAGAAUAAUUCGAUGCAGAGCAAAUCUGAAGCUGAGCUGUAA